AGCCUUUUUGCUGCUUGGGCCAAGGUCGCUCUUUUUUUGUGUUCCCACAGGCGCGCCCCGGGUAGGGCUGGGACGAUCAGUCCCCCUUCCGCCCUGGGUCUGCUAUGGAAGAGCGUGCCUGCAUGCCAUCGCCAGUGCCCAGGCCAAAGAACUCGCCGCAGCUGGCCAAGACGAAGAUGUGCAAAUUCUUCAGCACGGGCACAUGCAAGCGCGGCGCUGAGUGCUCAUUCGCGCACACGCAUGACGAGGUGCAGCAGAAGCCGGACCUCACGCGCACAUCUCUUUGCCAAGUGUUCUUGCGGAUGGGCACGUGCGACAAGCCCAAUUGUGCCUACGCGCACGGGAAGCACGAGCUCCGGUCCACAGCGGAUUUCUUCAAGAUGAAGAUUUGCCGCUUUGCGCGCGAUAGCACUUGUCAGAAGGGCAGCGCCUGCCGCUUCGCGCACCCCGCCGGGAAGCAGCUCUGCAUCCGGGAGGAGGGCCGCGAGGAGGCGCUGACAGACGAGGCGGACCUGAACUCGGUGCGGAGCUCGCCGAGCAGCGCGUGGCUGGGGGUGCGGGAGCGCUCCGCCCGGCGAAGCUGGGCCGAGGAGAGCGAGGAGACCUGCCCCCCCGACCUCGACGGCGCCAGCACGGCGGACAACUCGAGCCCGAGCCCUCGGCGCAGCACGCUCAGCAUCGCCGCGAACAUCCCCGAGGACCCUCCGCGCUCCAGGGGCGGCAAGAAGCAGCAGCAGCAGCAGCAGCAGCAGCAGCAGCAGCAGCAGCAGCAGCAGCAGCAGCGGCAGCCGCCACAGCCGCCGCCGCAGCAGCAGCAGCACCAGCAGCACCAGCAGCACCAGCAGCUCCAACUGCAGUACCAGCAGCAGCUCCUAGUCCGGCAGCAGCCGACGUCGCCGCCUGGGCAGCACGAGCCACGCCAGCAGCACAUGCAGUUCCAGCAGCUGCAGCAGCAUAUGCCGCUGCCGCAGCAGCAGCAGCCGCAGCUGCCCUUUCCGCUGCAGCAGCAGCAGCACCACCACCAGCAUAACCAGCAGCAGUAUGUGCAGCAGCGGCAGCAGCACCAGCCUGUCCAGCCGCAGCAGCUCCCGCCGUACAUGCUGGAUGUGCCCGCCGGGCCCGCCGUCAUACCGCCCGGCACGACGACCGUGAUGCUUGCGAGCCUGCCUGGGUUCCUGACCCAGACCGCGGUUAUGGACCUGCUGGAAGAGAAGAACCUCCACAUUUCCAGCCGCUUCGACUUCUUCUACUGCCCCUGGGACCUGAGCCUCGGCAAGAACAUGGGCUACGCGAUCAUCAACAUCGACUCGCACGAGGCGGCGCGCCGGCUCGUGCGCCGCUGGGAUGAGUUUCCGGCCUUCUUCGAGGGCGCGGUGCCCCUCCGGGUGCUGCCCGCCCCGGAGCAGGGGCUGCUGGCGAACCUGCAGCAGUACUCGGGGUCCCCAGUGGCCCGACAGGCCGACCCGCGCAAGCGGCCGCUGGUGCGCGCGAGCCCGGCAGAGCCCCUGAGGCCGCUCGACCUCGACGGCGGCUGGCGCGGCCAGGU